AACCCCGAAUAUUUCGGUUUCCAGGAGAUCCGGGCCACCCUCUCUCUUGUCGGGACACCGCAUAAAGAAGUUGAGUUAGCAGUUGACUUUAAUUCUUUGCUCACACAAGUCACACAACAAGAGAUUAAUGGAUAUAGAAGAGCAAUCACGCUUGAAGAAAGAGGAAGAACAUGCUACGAAUCCUAAGAUCAAUAGGUACUGGAUUCAACGUUACAAUCUGUUCUCAAGGUAUGACGAAGGUAUCCAAAUAGAUGAAGAAGGAUGGUACUCUGUGACUCAUGAAGAAAUCGCUAUCAAACACGCUGAGAGGUGCCGUGGGAAAGUGGUGAUUGAUUGCUUUGCAGGCGUUGGUGGUAACACUAUUCAAUUUGCUAAAGUAUCUUCUUCAGUAAUUGCUAUCGACAUUGAUCCAGUGAAAGUUAAAAUGGCUAUGAACAAUGCAAAGGUUUAUGGAGUUGCUAAUUAUGUGGACUUUGUCGUUGGUGAUUUCUUCCAGUUAGCUCCAUCUCUCAAAGGAGAUGUAUCGUUUCUUUCGCCACCAUGGGGAGGACCAAAGUAUUGCCAAGUCGAGAGUUUCAAGAUGGAUAUGCUUCAGCCAAAAGACGGGUACUCAUUGUUUAAGAUUGUUCAAUCCAUUACUCCUAAUAUCAUCAUGUAUCUACCGAAAAAUGUUGAUUUAGCACAAUUGGAAGAACUGGCUUCCCUCUCGUCACCUCCCCUAACUCUUGAGAUAGAAGAAAGCUAUAUUGGAGGCAAAAUGAUAGCCAUAACGGCUUAUUUUAGUCGCAAUGCGGCUUAGCUGAAAAAUUGGAACUAUAUUGCAUCAAAAGGGAACUAUCUUUUCUGCAUCAAACGGUGAUAGAGGAAUUGACUCCUGAAGGAGUUAAUACAAUUUCUUGAAGAGGAUUUUUCAAAAUAAAUAGUUAUGAUUCUAGUUCCAAGGAUACAUAAUUCUCAUUUCAUCUUUCCACUUUAUGCAAGAUUUUAUCACAUGGAUAUUUGAUAUACAUACAAUGCACCAUUCUUAGAAAAUAAAGAAUUCACUCUCCUUU